AACUAUGUACUGUGUAUGGGUCCACUAAUGAUAGCUAUUAUCAUCUGGAAGAAUAGUCUUGUAUUCCACAGUCUGGAUAAGUUGACCUCGUUCUACCUGCAUGCUAUGCCCCCGUUGACACUUCACUUGUUCAGAUUUGGUGUCAUGACGAACAAGGCAAUUAAAGCAGAAGAUACCUUAAGCUUUGCUGAGAUAUUUCUAGUACCGUCUGGAAUGUACAUAAUCUGGCAGCUUGGAUAUUAUCUGAUCACAGAGGGUAUUCUGUCCUCUAAGCUUGAGCAGGACCCUGAGCUAAUAACCUCCUUGAGAUACCUGGCCUCGGAUAAGAAGAAUGGAUUCAGAAAUCUGAUUGUUCAGAUCCUCGAGAAAACUGGAAUUCAUGCAAAGGUAAUGAAUUGUACAUUUGGGUUUAGAG